UCGUCUGCCGUCUCCAUGGUAACAGAAUGGAAUUUGUGACAUCACAGCGCUGGGGUUUAAAUUGGCCGUUACAGUGUCGGCUCUCAGAACAGACGAGUCCUGCACAGGACAGAACACAACACCGCGCUACAGCAACUAACAAACCCUUACAGAUACAACAAAGAUACACCGCUGAAUCUCGGGACAGAAACCACCAGGAGGCGCUCUGAGAAAUUUAGUUUUCAAUUAUUUAUUUUUGCCAAAUUUACUCAUAAAAGAUGGCUUCAUCAUUCCGCUUCUUUGCCCUCUUCCUCUCAAUCGGCAUGGUGACAGGGGUAAUUAGCCAACCAUUGUCAAGGAGACUAGAUUCUCAGAUUCUACAGGAUCUGUUCGGGUCACAGAUCACUUCACUCCUAUUGUCCCAGCCUGAGGUCACAGAGGGCUCAGCUCGUAGCCCCGCCCCCUCUGUGAGCGAUAGGCAUGGACCAUCAGAAAGUUUUGUGCUUGAAGAACCUCUCCAUCUUGUGCCCCGCCCUGUCCUAAACUUGCUGAUGAGGCAGAGGAAGUUCCGGGUGCGGAGCAGGAAAGGUUCUGCACGCGGCUGCUUCGGGAUUAAAGUGGACCGUAUCGGUGCUCUCAGUGGACUCGGCUGCUGACACCAGAGUUAAAACCACUGACCACAAUACAGCACCUUCACAACGGUCACAUACAUGGGCUGAGCUCAGAACACCACGGGCAAGGGACGAGGAAGGAGUAGUUAGUAAGAGUGAGUUAGGGGUUAAUUAGCCAACAAACACUGAUCCUGGAUCAGACAUUUAGUGAGAACAAAACUAACUGAACUGAGACACUGACCUGAGAUCAGUUGAACCUGACGAGCCCUGACCUCUUCUCCAGGGCUGUGUGUGUGUGUGUGUGUGUGUGUGUGUGUGUGUGUGUGUGUGUGUGUGUGGUUCUCUAGUUGUUUGUAGGGACCAAAUGUAUGAUUUGAUAGGAAAAAAUACAAGCUUUAUUUUGUGUGGACAUUUAAUCAGUCUCCACAAAAAAAAGUACUUUAUUUAAAUAGAAACCCAAACGAUUUCCUUUUAGGGUUAACAAUAAACAAACCAGUGAAAUCCUGACAAAGAUUAAAUCAAUGUGUGUGUUUUUAUUUAAAGCAGAAAAGACGAUGGUGAUGAUGAUGAUGAUGAUGAUGAUGAUGGUGAUGAUGAUGAUGAUGUAACCCAAUUUAGUUAAGUUAAAAACUGCUUUGUAUCUUUGGUGGCUGACAUUCGAUAUAUUCUGACAACCUUUACUACAGAGCAUAAUGUUUUGCACUCCUGAUAUCCCACAAUGCACUGCACCAGGUGUCGUGGUUCACUGUGAAAUGGGACACGCCCUCAGUCGCCGUGUCACAAACUGAAGUGAUGAAAUGAGUUAAAGAAAAUAUAUAAACUGCAUAAAUAUAUAAAUAACCAAUGAAUGUAGUUCAGUCCAAUUAAAAACAAUUAGAUUUAAACAUUUUAA